CAAACAAAAUAAAAUUAAAAAUUUAAUUAGAUUAUCAUGCACCCACACCGGAUGUUACAUCAUCAUCGGAGGUCUUGGUGGUUUUGGUUUAGAAUUAGCCGAUUGGUUAAUAACGAGAGGAGUGAAACAUCUCGUUUUAACAUCCCGAACUGGAAUUAAAAAUGGAUAUCAACGAUUCCGAUUAAACAUCUUUAAGAAUUACGGAGUUGAAACUCACAUAAGAAACGAUGAUAUCACCACGAAAGAGGGUUGUAGGACUUUAUUGAGUUUCGCUGAAACUUUAGGACCCGUCGAAGGGAUAUUUAACUUAGCCGUUGUUUUAAAAGAUGCUCUCUUUGAAAAUCAAACGGUUGAAUCGUUUGAGGUCUCGUUAAAACCCAAAGCUUAUGCGACUCAAUAUUUGGAUGAAAUUUCAAGGGGAGUUUGUGUUAAUUUGAAGUAUUUCGUUGUGUUUUCUUCGGUUUCUUGUGGGAGAGGGAACGCUGGACAAACUAAUUAUGGGAUGGCGAAUUCGAUUAUGGAGAGGAUUUGCGAGAGGAGGAAAAAAGAGGGUUUUCCAGCGCUCGCGAUUCAAUGGGGGGCGAUUGGGGAUGUUGGAUUAGUUGCUGAUAUGCAAGAAAACCAUAAAGAAGUGGUUAUUGGGGGAACUUUACAACAAAGAAUUUCAAAUUGCCUUCAAGUCCUCGAUCGAUUAUUAAAACAAAACGAACCAAUCGUUUCGAGUAUGGUUGUAGCUGAAAAACGAGGUGGAGUCGGAGCCAAUAACAUAUUCGACGCCGUUUUAAACAUUAUAGGUGUAACCAAUUUGAAAGCUGUGAGUCAUUACGCAACAUUCCCCGAGUUGGGGAUGGACUCGAUGAUGGCCAUCGAAAUAAAACAAACUUUAGAGAAAGAGUACGAAGUGUUUUUGAACGCCCAAGAUAUCCGAAACAUGACCAUAUCAAAGUUAAAAGAGUUAGUCUCGGAACAAUCCGAUGUUGCAUCAAAACCCAACCAAAACGAACUCGAAUCCGAUCUUCCCGAAGAUAUAAAAUUACUUUUUAGGCACAUCGGAAACGAAGAAACAUCCAACAAAAAAAUCGUCAAUUUAAAAUCUAAAUCAGUUUCAAACAACCAAAUAAUCGCUUUGCCUGGAAUUGAGGGGAUGGCGGCGAUUUACGAGACAAUAUCGAAAGAAUUAACAUCCGAUUUAAUGUGUUUCCAAUUUUGUGCCGAAAAUCAUUCCGAAUCAAUCGAAGAAAUCGCACAAUCUCUAAUAAAAACCGUUUUAUCAUCAAUUUCUUGCGAUAACUUCACGAUUAUUGCGUACUCUUUUGGUUGUGUGGUCGCAACGGAGUUAAUGUUUAUUUUAGAAUCGCUUGGAAAAACCGGAAAAGCUUUCUUCAUCGAUGGCGCCCCGGAAUUAACGACGUGUUUAGUUAAAAAACAUUUUCCAUUUUACGACGACGAAAUCUUCGAAACAGCGUUAUUAUGCACCGUAAUGACGCGAUACAUGUCUUUCGAUGCGAUUUUAAAACAUAAAUCGGAAAUUAUAAAACGAAAAAGCUACGAAGAUAAAAUCAAAUAUAUUAUGAGCGUUUCCCCGUUUAUUAAUCACUCGGAAAAUUAUGUUAUUGAAAUGUGUAAGGCUGCGUUAAGCCGAUUAAAAGCGAUUAGGAAAUAUGAACCAAGACCGGAAAAGUUAAACUCGAAAAUUAUUUUAGCGAAACCUUCAAAUCAAAGUCUUGAAAUCGCGGAUGAUUAUGAUUUAUCUUUGAUUGCAACCGAAAAGGUUGAUGUGAAAAUAUUUGAGGGGAAUCAUGUUACUAUUUUAGAAAACAACGAUUUA